CCGACCUGCUGCCCGCCGGGCGUCUCUGUGAGGCCUUUGAACAGUAUCCACCUGGACACCGUCAAGCGCUUCUGGCCGUACACCGCGGUUACCGCCGAUGCCGACGGUGAGAUGCGUGACGGCAUGACGGUUGGCCUCAGCGUCGGCGUGUUCGUCGCCGCCGACAAUGACGUGGCGUCAUCACCUGACGGCGAGCUCGUCUGCUGGGUGCUUCUCAACAGAAACGCGGUGCUGGGCUUCCUGCACACGCUGGAGUCGCACCGGGGGCGAGGCUUGGCGCGGGUGGCGAUGGCCGAGCUCACCCGGCUCUGCCUGCAGCGCCGCCUGCCCUGCCUGGUCACAACUGCCGUGCCGUCCGUGAUGCACAUGAUGGAGCCGCUAGGCUACAGUUCGGUGUGCGACGUGUUCUGGGCGCAAGCCCACCCAGCAGAAGUCGGUGCGACGCAGGAAACUGGGUCAGACGAGGGCGCCCACCAGCCGAGCGGUCCGGGGGGUAAAACAUCAAUCGUAGCGCGUACAACCUGCUGA